AUACUUUUAUUUUCAUGCACUAGAGUGUUCUCCCUAUGCUCUCUUGAUUAAAACUCGACAUCCAGUCAGGCGACGCAUAUCUUCAAAUUCCAGCAGCACCUGAAAAUUUCCCCUAUUUCUUUUGUGGUUAACGGUUUUACCAACAAAUGCGUAAUGAACGAUUUCAUGGAAUAUUGUUUGAAGAGGUUCUACCGUUCUUCAAACUGGAAUGAGGAAAAUCAGUAUUCUAAUCUGUGCUCAUGGUCUCGAGCUCUACUUGACUUCCAUACACCCCGGGGCCUUUCACUUGUCAUAUCAAAGCUACCGACGCCACAGUUCAAACCAUCAUACACACUCAACGUCUUGCCUUCACUAAAUGGAAGCAUCGGUUACCUGUACACAUCAAGGCCACUUGAUAUUGGCACAAGUGCAACUGUAGAUUUUCAAGACUUAAUCGAUCGCUUUAAAAUAGUUGUUAGAGAACCAAAAGAAGCGACUGACAAAGCAGAUUAUCGAGUGAACCCUGACUACUUGUUGUACGGACGAAUGUAUUUUCCUGGUGCCAGACUAGAAGCAAUGUAUGUGAAACGAAUUUCAGAAAACAUGCAGUAUUCGAUAACGGCAGUCAAUAGUGCCAGAGCAUAUGUAGCUCCGCAAGUGGCAUUACAACUCCAGUAUGACACGGGCAGCUGGUGCUCGGAAGGAUCAUAUACAACGGAUGAUGGGCUUAUGGGUCUAAGAGCUCUAUACAAUUUUGGAAAACAACCGACUUCUACAGGUCAAUGGUCGAUAGGUACAGAGAUGUAUUACGGCAUUUUAGAUAAAAGUGCAGGAUUAUCCACGGGCAUCAGAUAUCGUACACUGCCUACAUCAAAAACCUCACCCGUUGACUUUACCUAUACCCUUAAUCCAAUUGUUGGUCAUAUGUCAACAAGUUAUGCUGCUAAAGUAUCGGAUCAGACAGUAAUGUGCUCGAGGUUUGAUUUCAACAUAUAUUCUUACGAAAGUGAUCUAGCAUUUGGUUUUGAGUACCGUACGAAAACGAAAUCACCGUCAAUAGAAACAGAAAUCGAUGAAGGCGUGAUUACACUGUCGGCCGAUAGAACAGAGAAACUGGAAGGAUUAUUAAAAGCUAGAUGGGGUUUUAUGAAGGGACUAGCUUUUAUGUGGGAAGGCAGAUUUAAAAACAUCCUGUUUAGUCUAGGGUUAACAGCAGAUUUGAAAAAUAUCAAUCCUGUCAAAACCGUUGGCAUCGAACUGCAGUAUUUCUCUUAGAAAACCCUUUUCGAAGGGUAGAGCGACAAAGAAAAAGUAAAAGUGUAAUAAAUAUAUACCCUGUACACGUAAAUACAAAUUGUAUGGAUAGCUUUAUUGAGUAGUGGUUAAAAU